AUGGCCGAGAUCCUAUCAUCCUUGUCCUUUCUCACAGAGAACCCUGCCGCGGCAGCUAUCAACGAUGCAUACAACCAGUUCGCUGUCCGAAGGGCAUUGCUGAACCUUCCUAACCCCGGCACUGUCGAUAACCUCGCCAGGGAAGUGCAGAAGGAUGUCCUCUUAACCAACUUCAUGUUCUCCGGCCUCCGGGCGGACCUCACCAAGGUUUUCAGCAUGGCUCCUCUCUUCCGUGUGUCGCAUGCCUUCUCCAUGGGUUCCACCGGCAACCUGCCUCCGUACGCUUUCUCCGCCAUGUACGGAAGCCCCAAGUGGUUUUUGCAAGGCAACUACGGCAGCGAUGGUGCCCUUGCCGCCGUCGCCAACUACCGCUGGAACCAGUCCCUCGUCACUAAGACCAAUGCUCAGAUCAUGAACGGCGGUACCCAGGGAUUGGUCCAAAUCGAUAACGACUACACUGGCCGCGAUUUCUCCGCCUCCAUCAAGGCCUUCAACCCCUCUUGCCUCGAAGGUGGUCUCACCGGAAUCUUUGUCGGUAGCUACCUUCAAUCUAUCACCCCCGGCUUGGCUCUUGGUUUCGAGGCCAUUUGGCAACGACAGGGCAUCACCGCCCGCCCCGAGACUGCUCUCUCUUACUCCGCCAAGUACAAGGGUGAAGAUUGGAUUGGUACCGCUCAGCUGCAAGCCCAGGGCACUUUCAAUGCCACCUACUGGCGCAAGCUGUCCGAGCGUGUAGAGGCCGGCAUUGAUAUGAACCUUCAGCUCACUCCCUCCCCUGCUACUCUCAUGAUGGGUGGUCCCGCUCGUGAUGGUACCACUGCCAUUGGUGCCAAGUACGACUUCCGUGCUUCUUCCUUCCGAGCCCAGGUUGACAGCACCGGUAAGGUCAGCUGUCUCCUCGAGAAGCGCAUUGCUAUGCCCAUUUCUCUCUCCUUCGCUGGUGAGAUUGACCAGGCCAAGCAAACGGCCAAGCUCGGUCUUGCCGUUUCCCUCGAGCUUGCCGGCGAGGAUGUGAUGGAGCAGCAGGAGAAGAUCGACCCCGCUGCCAUGACUCCUCCUCCUUUCUAA